AUGGAUAAAAAUCUGUGUAGUAACUUCACUUAUGUAACGACGAAUUUAAAAUAUGAUUCGAAUAAUAAAAAAUAUCAAUUUAAAGAAGAUACACAUUUCAAAAAGUAUUGUACUGGUGGUAAGUGUGAUGGUGAUCUCGAUAAAAUUAAUGCUGGAUGUUUAUAUUUGUUUAAUGCCUUUUUUGGGAGUUCUGAUUUGUUUAAUUCUGUUGCAAAAGGUAACAUCAAUAUUGUUGAUUACAUUAUCUUAUGGUUAAAUUAUAUGUUAAGCCUAAAGGAAAAUCAAGCAAAAAACAGUCUAAAUCAUUUUUAUACUACAUUUAUAAAUAAUGAAGGGUAUAAAAAUACUAUAAAUUAUAUUGAGGGGUAUAAUAAUUAUAAGGGUCUUAUAGAUAAAAAUCACAAUUUGAAGAAUACGGAUAUGGAUAGUAAUAUUAUAUCUGAAUUAUAUGAUGCAUUUAAAUUAUUAUGUGAAAUGUACUCUGAAUUUGAUGGAAGCACGUCAAAUUGCACAAAAUAUUCAGGAAAAGCUGAUAAUUUUGUCGAAAAAUAUAAUAAACUAAAUAAAAAUUCUAAUAAUACUGAUGAUAGUUCAUACAAACAAAUAUUGUGCACUUUAUCAAGUGAUUAUGAUAAUUUAAAAAAUAAAUGUCGAAGUUUUAGAUCCCUUCCAGAGAUAACAAAAAAAUGUUCUGCACAAAUGUCUGGAGUUACAUCAUCAAGUUCGUCGAUAGCAAACAAAUUAUUUAUAGUUUUAUCUAUAUUUGGUGCAAUAGGAAUUUUUUUGGGAAUUUCUUAUAAGUAUUCGUUAUUUGGAUUUCGGAAACGAUUUAAAAAACAACAAAUAAGAGAAAAAAUAAAAAAUAUAAAGAAGAAAAUAAAUCAAUAA